AUGAGAAUACUUCUAACAGAAGAAAAAGUAAAUAUUCCAGAAGGAUGCGUAGUUACAGAGAAGAACAAAAUCAUAACAGUCACCGGAGCCAAGGGAACUGAGUCGCUAGACAUUUCUCACAUGCUGCUGACCAUUGAUAUUGAGGAAUCAGUGCUAUACGUAAGACUGUGGUCAGCCAGAAGAAAGGAGACUCCCAUUGUGAGAACUUGUGCCAGCUUGAUCAACAACUUGAUCAUUGGAUGUACACAGGGAUUCUCUUACAAGAUGAAGGCCAUCUACAAGCACUUCCCUAUCACCAUUCUGGUAGAGGAGGCAGGAAAGAAAGUGAUCAUAAAGAACUUUUUGGGAAGCAAGUGCGAUAGAGUAAUAAAGAUGAGAGGCAGCGCAGUUGCCAGACUCAGCUCGGAAAAGGACUACUUCCACGUUGAAGGGCCCAACAUCCAGUCAGUCUCGCAGUCCGCAGCAAACAUUUCUCAGAAGUGCAUUCCAAAGAACAAAGACUUGAGAGUCUUCCUAGACGGAACAUUUGUCGUUUCAAAGGGAACUAUUGACCAGUAA